AAACUGUAUUACAGAAUUUUUCAUUAAAAUUUAUUUUCCUAACGCUGUUUUUUUAAUGGUAUUAUUAGUUCCAAGUCAUACAACUGUGAUUAUAAUGCUGUAAUUGCAACAGUAAAGUUGUAAAGAGUGCUUCGUUGACGUCCGCCGAUUUCGAAAAGUUCCUAGGCCGUUCGUUUGUAACACUGGCGGACGGCAGACGUUAAAAAUACUCAAAAAACUGGAGUGACGGUCGGCCAGAAACUUUUUAUGGUGGUUCGAUACUUUCAGUGAUUGUCCCGGCACAAAAUGUCGGGUGAUGUACAGCCAAGGAAGCGAAAAGAUAAGAAACGAAGAAAAGAUGAUUCCACCGAGCAGGCUCCAGCUCCUCCAAAACUCCCACCCUCCGUGGACCUCAAUAACGACGACGUAAACAUCCAUGUACAAAAGGAAGGUGGAACAGGUGGUAACAUUUGUUCCAAAAUCAUAUUCUUUCUCCUGUCGUCCGCGCUCAUUGUACUUAUCGGACUUAUAAUAACGGAGUACCGCGGCUUAACUGACUUGGACACAGUAGACACAGAAUCUCGGUUUUCACAAAUAUUCGAAGGUUGGGUGGAUAAUUCGGUUGAUGACCACGACGAACUUGACCACGUAGAAAAUGCUAUUCAUUCACAUGAAGAAGACGAUGACCAUGACGAUGAACAUGACGAAGAAGCACUGUCUGAAGAACAAGAUGACGAUCAUGAUGAUGACGAACAUGACGACGAACAUGACGAAGAAGACCAAGAAGAAGACGAAGAUGAGGAAGGUGAUCAAGAAGUGUCAGAAGAAGUAGAGGAAACUCAAGAAGACGAUGAUGAAGACGAAACACCUAAUGAUGAUGAUGAUGAUGACGAAGGGACCCAGGAGGAUGAAGACGAAGAUGAAGACGCAGUAGAAGAUAAUGAAGUGUCAGAAGAGAAACAAGAAGAUGAAGAAGAUGAUAAUGUAUCGGAAAAUGCUGCCAGUCCGGAAGCCAAUGAUGACAAUGAUGAAGAUGAUGAUGGUGAUCAAAAAGACGACUCUGAGGAACAGCCAACAUCCCAGGAAGAAAAGGAAGCGAGUGAAGAACAAGAUGUAGAGGACACCGAAAAAGAAGGAAGCGAAGAGAAGGACGCCGCUGAUAAUGAUGAUGAACCAGAAUCUAAGGCAGUUAUAAAAGAGAAAGAAGAAGGGGAGGCAAAAACCGAAGAUGAAGAAAAUGAAACAUCCGGAUCAAGUAUGGUGGUUAAACUUGGUGUUGGCCUAGCACUAUUGGUUGUGGCACAUGUUGUUCUUAUUAGAAAGUGGAAGUCUGUUCCUUCGGAGAGACCAAAAGAAGAAGAAUUUAAAGAACCAACGCCGGAUUUAUCGAGAAGAAAUACUAUUAUUCCCCCACCCCCUCUUCAAGAAAUCGAACAAGACAUUGAGAAUGAUGAAGAAGAAUAUUCUGACGAAGAAGGGGAAUAUAGUGAAGACGAAGAACCGAUAGAGCACAAAUCAGCACGAGCUAAAUAUGAGGAUCUGAGAGCAAACUACAACCGACCCUUCACUCCAGAAAGCGACGAAGCUGAUUUUGUCCCAAAAUCGGCAGCACAAUACGACGACGAAGAUUACGAAGAGGAAGAAGAAAGUGCAGACGAUGACGAUGAAGAAGUAGAGGAAGAGGAAGUAUCCGAAGGUGAUGAUUAUAAUGAUGAUGACGACGAAGAAUUGUUGAAGAGAUUGGAAGCAAAAUAUGGAAGAUUAGAUAGUAAGAAAAAUAAACAAGAUGAUGAUGAACAACUGUCUUCAUGGGAACGAGUAAACCCGAAUGAAGAAGCAGAAGAGUCUGAUAAACAGUCUGAUGAUGACUAUGAAAACAAGGACAUCACAAACAAAGAAGAUUGGCCGAUUAAAGAAAAAAUCGAUGAAGCCCAUCAAUCGAUAGACAAUAAUGCUGCUUAUGCCAUUAAAAUUUUUGAUGCAAUCCUCGAAAAAUUCCCGUCCUCUCCCAGAAGCCUGUACGGGAAAGCGUUGGCCUUAGACAGGUUGGCGGAUCAAAAGAAGAGCAAUGAGAUACUUCAGAAAGCCAUCACUCUUUACAUGGAUCUGCUGAAUAAUCCGAAUAUUCCUGAUGCCUUGUUCCAAUUAACGGCUGAACAGAGCAUUAAACGACUUAGAUUUAUGGGACAAUAUAGGAAGGCAAUUUCAGUGCAUCAAGCUUUGAUAGCUAGAUUCCCUGAAUCUAGCAAUUACUUAAAUCAAUUGGCAGUAACUUACUUAACCAUUAACAGAGUUGAAGAUGCUCGCGUGAUACUUCAAAGAAUUCUCGCCAAGUGGCCCAAUGACGGAUUUGCAUUAGUACAUUAUGGAUUUAUUCUAAAAAAUAAUGAUAACAAUUUAGAGGAUGGCGUAAAGUACUUACAAAGAGGAAUAGAUACAAAUGACGAAGGAGUAAUUGAUGGAAGAUUCUUCUUCCAUUUAGGAGACGCUUUGACAAGACUAGGAAGAAAAGAUGAGGCUUUGAAGAUCUACGAACAUGGAGUACAACAUGGAGUGUUUCUUUCGAAAUACCAAAGAUCUCUGUACAACGUCAAAAGACUGACCGGAAGACCUUGGUGGACUAAACAACAAACCCCAUACGAAAAGUUGUACUCAGACUUGGAGAAAAAUUGGAGAGAAAUUCGACGAGAAGGUUUGGCCAUCCUAAACCAAAAAGGCUAUUUCGUUGAUGAAAGUGAAAAUCUUCGUAAUACCGGCGAAUGGAAGCAAUUUGAGCUCUACGCUAGAGGACAGAAGAACAUCGUAAAUUGCAAAAAAUGUCCUGUAACUUGUCAAGUCAUAGACAGUAAUCCAGUUGCCAGGAAUUGCAAACGAGGCCAAACUAAGUUUAGUGUCAUGCAUCCAGGUACCCACGUUUGGCCACACUGUGGCCCCACAAACUGCCGGUUACGAGUUCACCUAGGUUUAAAAGUUCCUCCUAAGACGUUCAUCAGGGUCGCUGAUGAAAUAAGAAGCUGGGAAGAAGGGAAAUUGUUUAUAUUUGAUGAUAGUUUUGAACAUGAAGUAUGGCAUAAUGGUACUGAAUUUAGAUUAGUAUUAAUAGUAGACGUAUGGCAUCCUGAGUUGACAAUACAAGAAUGGAAAAGUCUUUCCCCUAUUUAAUUUAAGACAACAAUUGUAAAUAUUGUACAAUCUCUUGUAAUAAAAUAAUACUUCGUAAGUUUAAUUUAUUUAAA